AUGCCUCGCUCCCGUCGACGUCGACCCGGAAGCUGUCGCCGGCGGCCGGCCGGCAGCCCUAACGCUGGCUGGGUUGCGGAGCGCCGUCGCCGGGGUUUGCGGCGGCGGCGGGCCGAGGCCAGCGGAGAGGACCCCGAUGAGCCCAUUUCGGGUCGGGGCUGAGUGUGGGCGCGCGGUUCCCGGUGGCGUGUGACCCAGUCCCGGCCGGCCGCCGCCGUCUGUGUAAGUGUUCGUGGGCCCCAGGGCCCUGCCCCGCCCGCCCCGAGCCCGCGAAGAGGCUUUCCGCGUGGGGCAGUAUGAGGGCCGCAAAGGUUUCCUCCAAAGCCACACCUCGGCUGGAAGGGGCGAGUUCGAGGGCUCUGUUAGUGGUAGCCUUGGGUAGACGCGGAGCUGCCGCUGUCGCUUUGCAGUGCCUGUAGGCCUUGGAGGGCUCGGAGCCCCCGUUCCCUGAGCAGCACCCAGAUCGCGCCGUAUCUGAGACACAGUUCAUGCCCCCCUUCCAGACUCUGAGGUAGAAUCUUGGCUGUCAUCUGGGGAAGCCACCUUGUCCGUUCAGCCAUGAAUACAGAAACAGUGCCACCGUUCCAGGAGACUCCAGCUGGAACCAGCUGUCACCUCAGUAACCUGUUGAGUAGCCGGAAGCUGAUGGCUAUGGGGGUCUUGCUUGGCUGGCUCCUGGUCAUACACCUUCUGGUCAACGUGUGGCUGCUGUGCCUUCUGUCUGCAUUGCUAGUGGUACUGGGAGGAUGGCUGGGCUCCAGCGCCACUGGAGCGGCUUCAGGUCGACUGCACCUGGAACGCUUCUUUCCAGUGGCCACCUGUCCUCCAUGCCCUGAGGCAGAAAGGCAGUUGGAACAGGAGAUCAACCGCACCAUCCAGAUGAUUAUUCGAGAUUUUGUGUUAUCCUGGUACCGUUCCGUGAGCCAGGAGCCAGCCUUUGAGGAGGAAAUGGAGGCAGCUAUGAAAGGAUUGGUCCAGGAGCUUCGGAGGAGGAUGAGCAUGAUGGACACUCGUGCUCUUGCCCAGAGUGUUCUGACUCUCUGCGGUUGUCACCUGCAGAGCUACAUUCAGGCAAAGGAGGCCACUGCAGGGAAGAGUGGUCCAGUUGAGCCUUCCCACCUCUGGGAGGCUUACUGCCGGGCUACUACCCCACAUCCUGCUGUGCACAGCCCCAGUGCUGAAGUCACCUAUACACGUGGCGUUGUCAGUUUGUUGCUUCAAGGGCUGGUGCCCAAGCCCCACUUGGAGACCCGUACCGGACGCCAUGUAGUGGUCGAACUCAUCACGUGCAAUGUAAUCUUACCACUGAUCAGCAGGCUGUCAGAUCCUGACUGGAUUCACCUUGUACUUGUGGGUAUCUUUUCCAAGACCAGAGAUCCAGCACUCUGCCCAGCCAGCACCCCCGAACAGCCUUCAGUACCCACCUCUUUGCCACUGAUCACUGAGGUAGAACAGCUUCCGGAAGGGAGAGCCCCUUCUCCAGUAGCAGCCCCAGUGUUCCUAAGUUACUCUGAGCUGGAGGGUCCUGCAGGCCCCUCCCCAGAGGUUGAAGAAGGUCAUGAAGCUGUAGAGGGAGAUUUGGGUGGAAUGUCUGAAGAAAGAAAAGUAGGAAACAACUCAUCUCAUUUCCUACAGCCGAACAUUCGGGGCCCCCUGUUCUUAUGUGAAGACUCAGAGCUGGAGUCUCCGCUGUCUGAACUGGGCAAAGAAACCAUCAUGCUCAUGACUCCAGGCAGCUUUCUCUCUGACAGGAUUCAGGAUGCCCUGUGUGCCCUAGAGGGUUCAAGGGCUCUGGAACCCAAAGAUGGUGAGGGGUCUGAAGGAGCAGAGGCUGAGGAGGGUCCAGUGACAGAAACAGAGACAGGCCUGCAAGUCUCCACACUGAACCCCUGCCCAGAGAUCCAGAUUGACACAGCAGACAAAGAGAUAGAACAAGGAGAUGUUACCACCUCUGUUACAGCUUUGCUGGAGGGGCCAGAAAAGACCUGCCUCUCACGGCCCUCAUGCUUAGAGAAGGAUCUCACCAGUGACAUGGGCUCCCUUGAUCCUAGUCUGCCACCAGUUCUGCUUUCCUCCUCUCCACCUGGUCCUCUCAGCUCAGCCACCUUCAGCUUUGAGCCCUUAAGCAGUCCAGAUGGCCCAGUUGUCAUCCAGAACCUUCGUAUCACUGGCACUAUUACAGCCCGAGAGCACAGCGGUACCGGAUUCCACCCAUACACACUCUAUACUGUGAAGUACGAGACAGCCCUUGACGGUGAGAACAGCAGCGGCCUGCAGCAGCUGGCCUACCACACUGUGAAUCGCCGCUAUCGGGAGUUCUUGAACCUGCAGACCCGUCUGGAGGAGAAACCAGAUCUACGCAAGUUCAUCAAAAAUGUGAAGGGUCCUAAAAAGCUCUUUCCAGAUCUUCCAUUUGGAAACAUGGACAGUGACAGAGUAGAAGCCCGUAAGAGCCUCCUAGAAUCAUUCCUAAAGCAACUCUGUGCCAUUCCGGAGAUCGCUAACAGUGAGGAGGUGCAGGAGUUCCUUGCUCUGAACACAGAUGCUCGUAUUGCCUUUGUCAAGAAACCAUUUAUGGUCUCUAGAAUAGACAAGAUGGUGGUGAGUGCCAUUGUGGACACCUUGAAGACAGCGUUUCCUCGCUCUGAACCACAGAGUCCCACAGAGGAGCUGAGUGAGGCCGAGACGGAAAGCAAGUCCCAGACAGAAGGCAAGAAGGCUAGCAAGUCCAGGCUGAGGUUCUCAUCCAGUAAAAUUUCUCCAGCACUAAGUGUGACUGAAGCACAAGACAAGAUUCUCUAUUGUCUCCAGGAAGGCAGUGUGGAGCCCGAGACCCUAUCCAUGUCUGGGAUGGAAUCUUUUAUUGAAAAACAGACAAAGUUACUGGAAAUGCAGCCAACAGAAGCCCCAGAAAAAGAUCCGGAACAACUUCCCAAAGGACAUGUGGACAGUUGCUUGUCAGAUGCAGCUGUGCCAGCCCAAGACCCCAGCAACAGCGAUCCAGGAAGAGAGACAGAGUUAGCUGACACAGCCCUGGAUCUGCUCCUCUUGCUACUAACAGAACAGUGGAAAUGGCUGUGUACUGAAAACAUGCAGAAGUUUCUUCGUCUUAUCUUUGGGACCCUACUUCAAAGGUGGCUAGAGGUGCAGGUGGCUAAUUUAACAAGUCCACAGCGCUGGGUGCAGUACCUUCGGCUUCUUCAGGAGUCCAUCUGGCCCGGUGGAGUUUUGCCUAAGUUUCCACGGCCUGUAAGGACCCAGGAGCAGAAACAGGCUGCUGAGAAACAGGCUUUGCAGAGCCUGAUGGGAGUCCUCCCAGAUCUUGUAGUAGAAAUUCUUGGGGCGAGCAAAUGCCAGCUGAGCUGGGGUCUAGUCUUGGAGUCACUGCAACAACCCCUCAUCAACAGGCAUUUGAUUUACUGCCUUGGGGACAUCAUCCUGGAAUUCUUGGAUCUCAGUGCCUCUGUUGAGGAGUCUGCUACUACCACCUCUGCUUCAGAUACCCCAGGCCACCCUAAAAGGAUGGGUAUCUCCUCUUAGCUGGUUAUUCACGUAUUAUUCCCAGGUCAGGGAAGUAGAGUUACUCAGACACCCAGAGACCAGUCAGGAAACCCACGCCCUUUGGAAGGAGGCUACAGCUCAGGAGGCCUAGGCUGUCAGUGGCUUAAUUCUCUCCUACUUCUGUUCCAUUUGUAGCAGGUGACAUGUAUCCCAGUUGCAUGCAUAUUUAUUUCCAUGUCCCUUUUAUGGUGUUGGGAUUGUUCCUGGUGAGUAGAUCCUGUUUCCUUUGGGGAAAGAGCCAUGAGGUAGAGGAAUGAGCCCAUUUUGCUUCUGCUUUUGCCAUCCUCCCUGAGAUUGUUUGCCAAAACCCUGGCCUUGUGCACACAUGUACCUAAUCCACCAGCACACAAGCUCUGGAUAAAACAGGAAAAAAACUGUGGCCAGAUUUCCUUGGAGGAGAAAACAACCUUCUGAGCUCCGUUCCUACCCGGAAACUAAAAAUUCACUCAGGACCAUUUUCAAAAAACAAACUCUUGAGUCUAAUCUAGUUUCCCAACAGUUCCAGAAGAAGAAUGAGGGAAGAAAAUUUUUCAGGGGACUUCUUGCUCAUGUGUUGCUAUUUCUCAACACAUCAGCCUUAUGGAAGAUGUCAUGAGGCUGCUUCCCUGGGAGACUACUUUUCCUUUCCAGAAGACUUCAAAGCUGACUGCCAAAGCUUCUGGUAAAUCCACCCCACCCUUCACACCCCUUCCUGAAAGGCAUUUGUACCACACAUUUUAUUUAUUGGCUUUCCUCCUAACCCCCUGCCCUAGAGCAAUUGAGUUUUUGAAUUUGUGACCCUUUCUCUAUCUUCAGCAAAAUUGCAUGACAAGUUGCAUAUUCAGCCUCAGUUUUUGCAAAGAAAAAGUAAAGCACUUGCCUCCUGUCUUAAGAAUACACAAAGAGUAGGAAUAGCAAGCCUGGUGGUUAAAUUCUCCCUUGAUAAUUCUUUGACAGGGAACUUUUAUUACUCUGAACAGAUAAGAUUAGAACUUACAAGGAAUCGCUUAUUUCCUAUUCUUUAUGUUAUAAUUAGUCUUUUAAGAACACCAGCAAUGAAGGCAGAGGUGUUCUGUCAGGCUGCAACAUCUAUUAGAAAGGCAAAGCAAUUAGAAAUUGCUGGAGGAGAAGGAUAAAUCAGGAGGAAUUGCUGGUAGAAAAGGAUGCAGACAGUCACAGGCAAGUGCUACAUAUUAAACACAUGUGAAUAGCUGGCAGAAAGGUGUCAAGGAAGUCACUAGGAGCCCUUUGGCUUCACACCUGCCUGUUAGCGCCUUCCCUUUGCAGAAUUACCAGAGCCACCACUUCGAGAAAGGUCUUGGAGUUAGACUGAUGAGAAGGCAAUGAGGUGUCAACAACAAGUGUUAAAGUUCUCUUAGAUUCUGAAGUAGGUGAUGAACACACAAUUAAAGUGGUUUGUGGAAGAAAGUUGUGAGAUCUUUUUACUUUUUUGCCCCUCUGGAGGCUUUUAACCCUAAAUUGUAUCUGAUGUAUUUGGGAGGCUUAGGUGUGCAAUUCUUGCCAAAAGGCAAGGAGAUUAAUGAGAUGUCUCAUGGCCCCUUCUAGCCUUAAAGGUUGACCAUUACAGUGACUUUAUGGCUCCAAAGUUCUUGAAGCAUCUCCAGCCCUCGACUUUGCCAGGCAGAGGUAGCUCAGGAUCUCCACCUUAUGUGAGUCCAGCCGAUGUAUUAGAGCUGAUCAUUCAGCUCCUUCAGUGAGGGCCAAGAUUCUACUCUGGAUGGGCAUGGGGGCAGCCCUGUUUUAUGCCACUUUUCUCUCCCCAUACCUUCCCUUCAUGUGUAUUUAGCCACCUGUGUUGCUUUGAAUCUGCUACCUGUCCUGGCUCAAAUGUGGCACAAAAUCAGUACAUCAGACACACCAUGGAAUCCCUGUGGCUAUAAGUUCUAAGGAAUCUUUUGACACUUCCAGCCCAAAGAACUUACUUGUUUUUCAUGUUAUAUAAAAGUCCCUACCUCCACUCCAUGUGCCUCAAAAAGAUAAGCUGUCCUCAGUCCCUCCUUCUACCCGGGAGGGAAGUAAUGGAUAUUGGCAAGGAAAUAAUCAAAACUCAUCUGGCUUUGAAAAUGACCUGCUAAGUUUGGGUAACAGAUUCAGACAAUGAGAGAGGAGCAAUUGGUAGAAAGCCACAGGUAUCUGGAAAAGAUACUCCCAGCUGGCAGGGUGAUAAAAGGCAGUGAAGAAUUGGGCCUGCACUAAUCCAGGAAGGGUUUUUUGUUUGCUUGUUUGUUUUUUGUAUUUACUCAGACUAAAUUUUAUUCAUUUAACUAAGAAUUUUGAUACUUGAAGUAAGACUAAAGUACUUUCCCUUUUCUUAAUAUCUAUAAAAAAAGAGGCAGGGAUGCAGUGUUCUUUCUGUCAAAUUCUAAAUGUGAUCUUUGCCAUUGCUUAUUUGAAUUCAAGAAAGCUAUACUUUUUCACCACAUAUAACUCAGUUUUUUUUCACAUUUUUCAGUUAAACUUAAUAAAACCUAAAUGGAAAGUAAGUUCCUAAAUAUGAGCCUA